AUGGCUUUCUCUCGCUCUUCUAUGCUAGCCCUGGCGGCUACCACUCUGGCCAUUGGCGCCUCUGCCCAGCUGGAGGUUUGCACCAACGACAGCGUCUUCAGUUGCCAGAGCUCUUCUACGGAAGCGACGUGCUGCUUCAACUACCCCGGCGGUGCCCUCUUGCAGACUCAAUUCUGGGAUACUAGCCCAUCCACGGGCCCAACUGACUCCUGGACCAUCCACGGUCUCUGGCCCGACAACUGUGAUGGCACCUACCAGGCCAGCUGUGACUCUGCUCGUGCCUACACCAACAUCUCGGACAUCCUGCAAGCACAGGGUCGUGACGAUCUUCUGAGCUACAUGCAACAGUACUGGGUCGACAUCGACGGUGAUGACGAGAGCUUUUGGGCCCACGAGUGGGGCAAGCAUGGUACUUGCAUCAACACCAUCGAUCCCGACUGCUACACUAGCUACACUGCACAGGAAGAAGUCGGUGACUUCUUCCAGAAGGUGGUGGAUCUGUUCAAGGGUCUCGAUACUUACAAGGCCCUCUCCGAUGCUGGCAUCACCCCAAGUAGCUCUAAGACCUACACCCAGAAGCAGAUUCAGGCUGCCCUGACCAGUCUGCACGACGGCGCAUCGGUCUACCUUGGAUGCUCGAGCGGCAAGCUGAACCAGGUUUGGUACUUCUACAAUGUGGCUGGCAAUGCUAUUGAUGGCCAGUACGAGGCUGUCGAUACUCUUACUACGUCGAGCUGCCCUACGACCGGCAUCAAGUACGUGCCCAAGUGA